AUGUACCCCGUCCGCAAAGCCCUCCCAUACCACGGCAAUCCCCACCUGGCUCGAAACCACUCAGCCGACAUCCCAGACACGGAGAACUGCUCCGUCUUCGUCAAGAACCUCUCUCCCACCCUCGACACCAACCAGCUCCUAUCGCUGAUUCGCGGCGUCGGAAAAGUGUGGAACACGUCGAUCCAGCCGCCCAACGACCGCUACCCUAUCUGCGGCGCAAAGGUCACGUUCUGUUACGUCAGAUCCAAGCGACGGAUGUUCCUAAGAGUAUGGGCUGGAGAUCUGGACGUGGCUGGAUGCUUUCCGACCAUCGUGCCCAACAGGAUCAAGGUGCCUGCGCAGGGCGCUGCUGUUAGCCGGGUUGUGCGCGUCACUGGCCCGGCCGACAUCGUGAAGCAAGAUAAGAUAUUGGAGUUUCUCGCAUCACGCUUCUUCUUCGAUCCCGACUAG